CGACUUUCUUCACUCUUGAAAAACCUGGUGAGAUCUUGAUGAAUUUCUCUUCCUUCCUUGUUAAAUCACAAGAUUUGGGGCUUAGAAUCUUCCCUCUCAGCCCAGAAAAUCCCGGUUCUGCUCUGCUUUUCUCCCCUGUCCGCCGGUGGGAGAUUUUAGGCAUUUUUCUGGUAAGAUCUAGCCAUGAAUCCCUCUCUUUAACCUUGAUUUAGGUUGAGUUUACUUUAAUUGCUUUAUUCCCUUCCAAUUUCUGGUAGAGCCGUGAAUCCCCUGCAAAGAAUUCCCGUCGGCCUCUUCCCCCCUUCAGCUCCAGUUCUUGCUGGAAAAUUCUGGUUCCCGAUCGUUCUGUCAGUUUAGUACCUAAAUUGAGUGCUCGGUUUUGCGGAGUGAGUGACCCUGCUAAUGGGGGAGGUUAUAAACGCUAGCACAUGUCGGCACAUGUCGAUAUGUUAUUCGUGACCCUACUAGUGGGGGAGGUUAUAAACGCUAGCACAUGUCGACAUGUUAUUGAUAAAACCGGUUCAUGAGUGACCCUGCUUGUGGGGGUUAUACACCAGCAAAUAGUGACCCUGCUUGUGGGGGUUAUACACUAGCAAAUAGUGACCCUGCUUAUGGGGAUUAUACACCAGCAAAUAGUGACCCUGCUUGUGGGGAUUAUACACCAGCAAACAGUGCGCCUGCCAGUGGGUGUUAGAUGCUGGCCAUGACCUAUAGAGGAGACGUUUAUUUCGUUCCCGUACUGUAUCCGUUUUGCGUGAUUGCACAUGUUGGCAUGCUAUAAGUUUAAUAAUGGGCACUCCAUAUUUUACUUACUGAGUUUAUCUCAUAGUUUUUCCUUGUCCACCAUUUCAGGAAGUGAAUCCGAGGACGGGGAAACCACGGGAAGUGACGACAAGGGUUCAGGAGCUGGUGCUCUCUUAAUUGGCCCAGAUGAAUACCGAAGUGAACAUGCUCUAAAAUUUAACUUCGAUGCAACAAACAACGUGGUUGAGUAUGAAGCCCUGCUACUUGGUCUGCAACUAGCAUUGGAGUUGAAAAUCAGCGCGAUCCAAGUGUAUAGUGACUCCCAACUGGUGGUGAAUCAAAUCAACUCAAUCUGCGAAGUUGUCGAUCCUGUGAUGGUGAAAUAUGUAGCCAUAGUGGCUGAGCUAAAGUGCAAAUUAAAGAAAUUUUGUUUGAGCAAAAUUCCCCAAAUUGAGAAUGAACAGGCAGAUUCACUCUUUAAAUUUGCCUCUGAUAGCUCUUUAAGUUCCAGAUCAGUUUUUGUGAAGGUCUUAGUUGAACCAAGCUUCAUGAAGCCACGGAUGAUGGAGAUCAGCACAGAUCCAGACACAUCGAGCUGGACUAACCCAAUUAUCUCCUUUUUACGAGAUGGGAUAGUACCUGAGGACAAGCAGGAGGCAAUGAAGUUGAGAAAGAAAGCAUCUCGGUAUACACUUGUAGAUGAGGUCCUUUAUAAGAGAUCUUUCUCACUCCCUCUUCUACGAUGCUUGAAUCCUUAUGAAGCGGAGUACGCACUUCGGGAGGUACAUGAAGGUGUUUGCGAGAGUCACGUUGGUGCUAGAACUUUGGCUCAUAAAGUCUUAGGAAAGGGAUAUUAUUGGCCAAAUAUGUAUAAAGACACCACUCACUUUGUUCAAAGAUGCCCGAAGUGCCAAUUCUUUGCACAUCUGACUCACCAACCAGCAGAAGAGCUCACGAACUUGAUUAUUUCACAAAAUGGGUUGAAGCUCGGCCAUUAUCCAGUCUUACCUCCAAGAAGGUUGAAGACUUUGUUUUCAGCUCGAUCAUUUGCAGAUAGGGGAUCUCGAAUCAGAUUGUGGCAGAUAAUGGAACUCAAUUCAACUGCUCCUCAUUCCAAGAUUUUUGUUCCAGCUACGGGAUCAAAUUGCAAUUCACCUCGGUUUACCAUCGGGAGUCCAAUGAUAUGAGAAGAAGCACGGCUUCGAACUCUUGUAUACAAGCAGAAAUUAGCCAACUUCUACAAUAAGCGAGUCCGCCCUCGAACAUUCAAAGUAGGAGACCUUGUUCUCAGAAAAGUUGGCCUAACAGGGUUUGGAACUCGUUUUGGCAAAUUGGCCCCAAAUUGGGAAGGCCCUUAUACUAUGGCCGAGGUGCCACAUCCUGAUGCCUAUGUCCUUUAAGACGCUGAAGGAAAGAGAGUUCCUAGAGUCUGGAAUGUCAAUAACUUGAAGAAAUGCUACCCAUAAUAAACUUCUUUCAAGUGAUCUAUGUCUUACUGCCUUUAUACUUCUUACUUCGUGAUUGUUAAGAUUCAUUUUAUCUCUUACUCUAUGUAUCCGAGAUAAAUUUGUUUAACACUUGUUCCUUGAACUUCACUUCUACUAAUGAAUGUCACUUUGCACA